GAACCUUAAUGAGACCAAAGUCACAUGCCCGCCUGACAGCACACCAUGUGUGGUUCAGCAGAAUCCUCAAAGUGUUUUCUGCCUCACAUGCCCCUCCUUCUGCAUCACAUGUGGACCCUUCUCCCCAUAUCCAGCGCCCCCCUCUCUACCUCCUCAGCCCUGGGCCAUGCCUUCAGCACCCCCCUCCCUACCUACUGAGCCCUGGGCCAUGCCUUCAGCACCCCCCUCCCUACCUACUGAGCCCUGGGCCAUGCCUUCAGCGCCUUCCACAACGGCCCCAUCCUCCUCCUCCGCACCCCCUCUCUCGCCUGAAGCUUUUACCGACUUCCAGAGCCCGCCACAACAGCCCCAGUCGGGAGGCGGUCUCUCUGUGGGAGUCAUUGCCGGCAUUGCUGUGGGUGCAGUGAUGCUGCUGAUCAUUGGCGUGCUGCUGUGGUGGAGAAUCCAGAAGAAACGAGCGGCACAUGGAGCAG